AUGGUAGAAGCCCGCAGGAAACAUCACCUUGGGAGGCUUGGAAGGGUAUUCCUCGGAGAAGGUGAUGCUGACGGGGUAUGUGGCGUCGGCCCAGAGCGAGUUGGGCUUGCCUGGAAUGCCUGCGUCCCAGUGGGUCAAGUCCAAGGAGCCGUCUUCGCUUUUCUUGGGUCUGGCGUAGAAGCCGAACGGGUGGUCCUUUCUCCACUGUUUUCUUUCCUCCUGCAACCGGGUCUUACAAAGAGACAUGGUGUCGCGGGCGGUGGUUUUUGUUGGAGAUGUUUUUGCUUUGGUUUUUUGUGCGCGCGGCCUGUACAUGGGGCGGCGGCGGCGGCUCCGGGCGAAGAUACUGGGCGAGAAAGGCGCUUGGCCGCGCGACCGCGCUAUCUAUUGGAUGCUUUGGCCCGAUAUCUUUUGGGCGAACGCUGUCGGCGAAGGCUACCGAAUUUGGCUGUCUGGACGACCUAA